AUGACGACCGACAUAAGCACACCAAGACCAGCUGUCUCUCUCCCAGGCGGCGGCUACUUCAGCGCCUUCGCCGAGGCCAGAGUCGCCGCUCCACCAUCUGCUGUUUACAAGGCUCUGGUUGAUACGUCUUUGAUUGGAAAAUGGAACAACUUUGUAUCUUCUGUCACCAUCGACAAGCGUCCUGGCUCUGAGUCAGAACCGCACGAUGCUCACAUGAAGAAAGAUAUGGUCAUGACCUUCACUGUCCACAUGACUCCUUCCUUGACUACCAGUAGCAAAGAACUGGUUACUCAGGUCGAUGACUGUCCAUCUGAUUCUACACCCGGACACAUCACAUGCAUCCGAUGGAUAAUGGCAAACAAGGAAAACUUCACGCCUAAGUUCUUUCUGGCAGCCGAGAGAGUCAACGAGAUUGAAGAUCUGGGCGACGGAACAUGCAUCUACAGGUCUUGGGAGACUUUCGGAGGUUUGGCGGCUCGUAUUGUGAAAUGGAAAUUUGGGCAAUCCUUGCAGAAGAAUUUUGAGGAUUGGGUGACUGGACUACAGAAAUAUGUUGAGGAGCAGCAGAAGCAGAAAGCAGAACGAGAAAAUGCUGUCGAGAUGGCGGCUUGA